UGUACUUCCGGUUGACUGUCAUGGCGGCGCCCUGACUUGCACCGCUUUGCCCCAAGACAUCCGAGCAGGAAGGAAAACAGACGGAGCCAGAGCUGUCAGACUGCAGCCAUGACGCUCAAAGAUGUGAUGAAGUGGAGAACUCGGAUGUCCAUCGUGUACGCUGCUGGCGUCUGGACCGUCAUCGGCUCGUACGCGUACUUCAAGUACACGGGUCGACUUGACGGCUGGCCAGUGAAAAGCGGAGAGGUCCAAGAGCCAGAAGAUCCGAAUCAAGUUGUCUACGAGACUGCUCAUUCCAAAACUGUCAUCAUCUACAAGAAAGACUUUGUCCCCUACACAACGAGAAUCUACAAUUUUAUCAAAUCAUUCAGCGGUGACUCUAGGAGUGGAGACAAUGCCAAAUAAGAUGAUGGACAGAGAACUUGUCGAGAGCUUUUUGGGGGAUUAUGUACUGUUAAUGCUUUUGUGUGAAGACAUUAUUUUUAUUGGUAACAGAAAUCCCACCGCGGUAUCCACCUGUCCAGGUCUGGAAGAGAUGCCGUUGGAAGAGAUUGCAGCAAAUUAUUUAUAAACUAAACAAUUUUUUUCAGUAGUACUCCUGUUAGCUUUAUCUACACCAUCGUCCAAUAAUACAAAGUUGACACAACCACCAAUGGUGUCGACUCCUGUUCAAGCUCAAGUUUCCUCUGAUUCUGUGAGCACAGCAGGUAUUGCACCAUGCUACAGGAGGUUCUCUCAAUCUGUGGAAUGAAUGACAGGCUCAUUUAUGAAAUUGUCAGUGUUGUUGUUGUUUGACUGCUGUUCACGUAGCAGUUCAUUUAUAUGUGCUAGCGGAAAGAACAGCCAGUAUAAUGGGUGAGGACUGAGACAUCGGGCUUGAAAUAAACAAUACGUUUAUGAAACUCUAAAGGUACAGUAUGUAAGAAUUUAUGCAAUAAAAAAGUCAACAAAAUUGUUUUCCGAGUGUGAAGAAUUCUGAUGUUUGGCUUUAAAUGUAUUGUGUUUCAAGAUAUCCACUGUCCAGCUCGCCCCUGGCCCAUCCCUGUCCAAAGCUCCUGUUCUGGCCACGUUAACAGGAACAGUCCGGCGGUGCCACAGGCGCCCAGUCCGAACCGCUAGCUGCACUUCUAUCUGAGCUAACUAGCAAUUGGCAGCUACUGAUAGCAGUUACACUGGUGACAUUUAGUUUCUUAUUUGUAUGAAUGAGUAUGAAUCAAACAGGUUGCCAAUUCUUACAUAUUGCCCCUUUAAAGUACAGUAUAACACAUUUUCAGAUGUUUGCUUUAAUUUUGUUGCCUUCUUUGAUUCAUUUUUUCUAGUAUGUUUGUUUCACAAUUGUCAAUAAUUCACAAUAUUCAUUGUGACAUGUUAGGAAAAAAGGUAUUGCUACAUUAAUAAUGGUUCCGUUGUAUUUGUUUCCCAGUGAGCCAUGACUGGAGCAACUAAAUGGAAUUCAUCCAUUGUUCAUUUUAUUAUUUACACCUGUGCUUUUCCUACUGUGACAUGUCAAAAUGUUUCCCAUUAUGAGAUGGAAAAUCUAUUAAAAGCACUGUUCAGCCCCAACAUGCCUGACACAGUUGAGUCUAACAACAUAAAAAUACAUCUUAACCAAACUGAACUCUGUAAUAAAGGACAUAUAAUUUA